GCAAACUCUACAACAAUAAGUGGACAUGAGAAUAAUCGAAAUACGAAAAAUUGAUGUAACGAAAAGAAAAAAAAUCGACUAUACUUUCUCAGCGCAAUCGUUCUUAUGAACGGACCGCAUAAGAAUCACCGAUUUUCCGAAGGGAAAAAAAAAUUACGCAGAACAAGUAUUUGUUUCUCGAAGGAUCAUAAGGAAGUGUCCGCGUACGUGCUUCUCGGAAGAAUAGUCCCAAGGGAGAGCUAAAACAGACGAAAAUUGACUGCCAGCAAAGUGCGAGGCGCACGAAGUGGAAUGUGACGUAAAAUGAAAAGUUACGGGGUGAUCUUCGAGACCUGUGUGAAACGAAGUUUCCCACUACAAAAAAAACCUGUCUGAGAACAAGACCUGCGGGUGUUCUACGUUCUACCCGGAGAACCCAACGAAAAGUAUAUCCGAAUCAAGUUAUCUUGUUUAUUCGCGAUAUAAAUAUUGGUGUAACACAAAUCACGUAUUUGAUUAUAUGAACACGAGUGUAUCAAUGAGUAGACGGAAAACAAACGAAACAACAUCAACCUCAUACGUAUUUAUCCUGUAAUCGUACCAAACGGAAAUGGAAAAAUUAUGUAAACAAUAAAAAUGGAAUUCGAUGACUAUACGUGAUUCGAUGCUAGACGAUUGAAAUAUACAAGACGUCGAAGAGUCGUCUAUUGUGCAGUGCGUAGGCCUACUUGAUCGAAAUUUCUAUUAAAAAUAGAAUUAUCAUAUACACGAGACCUCUUUAAAUUUUUUAUUUGUCGACAACAACGGCUGAAUUUGACAGCGAAAAAGUGCGCUCUUUGGUUAAGGGAUAUUCGAUAUAAAAUAAGGUAAAAAUGAGUUUUGAGGAUGGGUGGAACGACACGAAGUCAACAUCCAUUGGUAUGGAAUUGACGUCAACAAUGAUGACUACCACGAUCGGAAAUAUCGUCGGUUUUUCGUCCUCAAAAGUUCGACACGUUACAAUUGUUUCACAAAUUGUUCUCACCCUCGUUUAUUUGAUCGGAGUCGUUGGGAACGUAUCAGCUUUGGCCAUACUUUUUCUUCGUGACAAGAGACGAAAUCGUAUACAUUUAUUGAUGUUACGAUGUCUGGCGACGAACGAUCUCGUGGCGCUGCUGGGCAUGCUCGUCCAAAUGUACGUGACUAUUUACGCCGGUUCGGCAACAACAAACCGAGCUUUUUGCUCGCUUCGGAUCGUAUGGCGCCUCUUCGGUUUAUUCAGCGGUUGCGUCGCAAUCGUCAUGGCUGUUGAAAGAUGGUUGGCUUUGACGAGGCCCUUCGUCUAUCAAAAGCGAGUCACAUUUCCCGUGAUAAUACGGUGCAUGGUAGCUCUGUGGAUUGCCGGAUUGACUUUAACGAGCCUCCCAUUAUUUGGCUUUGGAGUUUAUUAUCAUGGAGGAAAGUGCAUCAGAUACAGACAAGCAACCGAAAUAAUCGACAUUACUUACGCAUACGUCUGGUUUUUUUGUGGUACCGUCCUGUGUGUAUCAAUCGUCUGGUGCAAUUUGGCCGUAUCUCGUGCUCUGAGUAAAUUUGGUAGACGCGUUGGCCAUCUCCGACGAACUUCCCGAGCUUCCUCACAAAGAACUAAACCUCUUUUGACGGUCACGAAUCCAUCGCCCGAGGUCGUUUCCACCGCAGAGGAGAAAGCCUUUGCCAAACUCAUGGCGGUUUUAUCUAUAUCCUUCGUAAUAUGCUGGAUGCCACAAAUGAUUUCAAUUCCGUUGGAACAAUACUCAAUGAAAUUGCCGGACACCGCGACUCUAGCGCGAAAAUGCAUUCACGCUUUUCACAUUACCGCUGAUUUACUUUUGUGCGUUCACUUCACAUUGGAUCCAUAUAUUUAUGUACUUUUACGUAUGAGACCGCGGUUCGUCGUUUUCAAACCACUCUGUCGUAUCUGCUGGCCAGCAGCGAGUCGAUCCAACUCGUCAACCGCUGUGACCGAUCAACAUGGAAGUUUUGGGGACCCAGGGACUCCGAUAACCGAAGCUCCUUCGACUCCGGUUAGCGAAGAAAAUGUUUUUCGCCUCACUUCCGUGCCCGUUUGAAUACUCAGCUUUCGUUUCCAAAACUUUUUCUCGGGCUUUUAAAUCAUUCAAUCGCUGAAGAAGUGCUAUUCUAUUUUAUUCAAUUGUACAAAGUUUUACACAGUAGAAGAGACAUUUUUCGCAUAUUUUUCUACCUUGUUCCUUCCAAUUUAAAGAAGAAAAUAAUCGAAUAUCUAUUCACGAUAAUUUCAACAAUCUGAAGCAAAGAAAAAAUGUAUUAACGAAAAAAUCUAAUUUUCCUGUCUUCGUAAAUAUUAGUAAAAAAAAAAACGUUAUCUUAAUUUUUGAAUCGUAAAUAAUGUUUAAUUUGUGUUCAUGGCAGAUCAUAUUUCAUUUCGAGUCUUUUACAUGAUUGGAUAGUACAUUGCGAAAAGACAGCGUUUGACAACGUUGAGCGUAGCCAGUUGACAAAUUAGAUCAGAGAUCACUGCAUAUAAUCCUAAAAAGUAUAGCUGUCACUUCCAUUGACAAUAUAAUAUAGGUUGCGCUAUAUAUGACAAGUGACGUAUGGGCCUGGAAAAUUUUAAGAUUUUGUAACCAUUUGUCGUCUUCAACUCAAUAUUUCUAGUUCAGAUGACCGUUGACCCUCCUUUUUAACGUACCGCUAGAUUCUCCGCGACCCAAUUCAUAUAUGCAAUGCUUUUAAUCUUUAAUAUUUAAUUUAGAAAUAUAUCAAAUUUUGAGUUGAAGAUCGUUGAAGGGGCCAGUAAGUCAUUGUGGCCAUGAGCGACAUUUUAAUUUCUGUACUUUUCGACUCUUAAUAUUUCAACCAAACAGUCGAUCAGGGGUCUUGAAAUCUCACAAACAUAGAAAAGAAAUCUUGAAUUGUAAGACAUUAAAAAAUUAGAGUGCUAUCUUAAAACAGUCCUCGCGCCUGUAAUCCUUAAAAAAAAAACAAAGUGUACAUAUCGAUAACGAGUAGAAGAAAAAUGACAUUUUCCAGAAAUUAUUUUUACAGAUAAUUUUUUACGUUGCUUUUAUCUCAAAAUUUCUUAAGAUUACAUCGAUUCGCGGUAUCUUUAAUAAUUAACAGUGUGAAGUAAAAGAGAAGAAAAUCAAUGAUGAAAAUAUUCAGUUGGUCUGAUGGUCUGGUGAAAGUUCGCUCAAGUCGUUUGUCCAAUGCAAACGGCCAUGGAGUUGGAACACGCACUGAAUAGUAGAAGAAUUCAAACGGUCCAGGGAAGAGCAAAACGGAUUUUGCUGUUUUUUUAAUGUGAUACAUGCCAUAUCAGACGACUGAGCAUUUAUAUUAGUAAUAAAGUGACAGGGCUGGAAUAACAUGUUGAAAAAUUCGCAAGUCAUUUUGACGUCAUUGCGCGAAUCGACGCAAUACCGAAUAUAAUAUUUUUCUAAUUAUUCUUUUAUUUUUAUUAAUGUGAAUACUCAGACGUUACCAUGACACACGUUUCUACUCCAAUUGAAUAUUUCAAGAAACGUACGUAAUUCAGAUAAUUAUAUGUAAAGUGUAUAUCUAGUCAUAGCAUUAUCAUUGUAAGAGUUUAUUGCGUGUACACGGGGGGCAAUGAAUUAUAUUAUCAUUCCAAACGUGAAAUCCACGCUAAAUCCAAAAAAGUUAAUGAAAUAAAAGAAUCUCGAAUUGAUAAAUUCUUUCGAAACAUACGUUCUUGUACAACGUAAAAUUUGAAAUACUCGUAAGGAAAGUUUCACCGUGCAACGCGGUAAAAUUUGCAAAGAUGCUCGCGUCAUGAUUCCAAAUAAACAUUGAAAUAAUUAUUGUAAGGAUAAAACUGCCUCAAAGAUUUUUUUCGAGAUGAAAAAUAAUCUGGAGAUGCGGUAGCGGUUCCGCGCAAUGAGAGAAAAGCCAGCGGGAACUUGUCACGCUCUUAUCUUUACUAGAAUAGUAUAUAAGAAAGAAUUGCACUUUUAUCUCACAGUUUUUGAAAUAAUGUUGUGUAUAUUUGACUAGAUGUCAAAAUUUGCGAGCGACUGUGACGAAAUUCUCUAUUUGAAAGAAAAUUUUUAAUCAAUUAACUUUCAUGAACAACUUCCGUUCCAAUCCAUAAUCAUUUCAGAAAGUGGAGCCUGUCGCGUUACCACUUUUAGAGCUCACGGAAAUCCCUCAAGUUUAAUUUUCUAUCUAAUGUUUCAAAGUAUAUUAUAGAGCGAGCGAAGGUAAUUAUAUUGAAGAUACAACUUUCAUGUAAUUCUCAGGAAAGUACGUUUCGGAUAAAUUACAAUUAAUUGUAUCUCUUCGAUUCAAGUAUUCGAUACGUCAUUGUAUUAGAAUUAAUAAAUCUUUAGCUCGUGUAUCGUU